GUUCUGUGGCACAGCAGAGCAAAGCACCAGGAGCUGUAGAGGAGAGUAACGCUGGAAACCGGCGCUUCUGUAAAGUCGGUUGAAUGUAUAACAUGAUGGAAACCGAGUUAAAAAGUCCGCUGCCUCCGCAGUCCACCGUGGGCUCGGGACCGGGCGGGAAGAGCGGCGGCGGGAGCGACCAAGACCGCGUGAAGCGGCCGAUGAACGCGUUCAUGGUGUGGUCGCGCGGCCAGCGCAGGAAGAUGGCUCAGGAGAACCCCAAGAUGCACAACUCCGAGAUCAGCAAGCGCCUGGGUGCAGACUGGAAGCUGCUCACCGACGCUGAAAAGCGGCCGUUUAUCGACGAGGCGAAGCGCCUGCGUGCCAUGCACAUGAAGGAGCACCCGGAUUACAAAUACCGGCCGCGGCGCAAGACCAAGACCCUGUUGAAAAAAGACAAGUACUCACUACCCGGCGGCCUCUUGGCUCCUGGCGCGGGCGCAGUUAACAGCGCUGUGUCCGUGGGCCACCAGCGCAUGGACAGCUACGCACACGUGGCCAACGGCUGGACGAACGGCGCGUACUCGCUGGUUCAGGAACAGUUGGCCUACCCGCAGCACCACGGUAUGAGCAGCCCACCGCCUCUGCAACAGAUGCACCGCUAUGACAUGACGGCGGGUCUGCAGUACCCAAUGAUGUCCACAGCGCAGACAUACAUGAGCGCGGCGUCCACGUACAGCGGCGUGUCGUACGCGCAGCAGAGCCCGGGCGCCGUGGGCCUCGGCUCCGUGGCCUCCGUGUGUAAGACCGAGCCCAGCUCGCCUCCGCCUGCCAUCGCCUCACACUCACAGCGCGCCUGCCUCGGAGACCUGAGGGACAUGAUCAGCAUGUACCUGCCACCCGGAGGAGACAGCGCCGAUCACAACGCACUGCAGAGCAGCCGCUUACACAGCGUACAUCCACACUACCAGAGCGCGGGGACCGGGGUGAACGGGACACUGCCCCUAACCCACAUUUAACAGACUCACUCGUGUUUUCGGGGUAGUGCAGGGGUGUGGAGCCGAAAGAGUGAAGGAAACACUGCCCCUGAGAUACAUCUAAGAGACUCCUGCUUUAGGGGUAGAAGAGUUGAGAUGCUGAAUGGAGCAUUACCCCUAACCCACAUUUAAGAGACUCAUGUUAUAGGGGUUUUGAGGAAACGGGUGGGGGGUUAAAAAAGGACUAAGUACUUCGGAUACUUGAACAUUUAUAAUUUGAAAACAAAAGAGAAAAAAAUCGCAGUUCUUUUUUUUUUUUUUUUUUUGGAGAAAAAAGAAUGAAACUAUUUUAAUCUUGAUAAGUUGUCCGUUUGAAAGUUUAUGACAUAUCAUGAACUGGGUUCUGAAUUGCUCUCAGUUUAGACCUGCAUUGCAAAGGAGCUUUUUUUUUAUCAUAAGCUAACGCAAUCAACGUGUGUGUUUGUGUGUGUGUGUGUGUGUGUGUGUGUGUGUAGGAAAAUCGGACUUCUGACUUGAAAUGCCGUCAGAUUUUCUCUCUAUGAAAAAAUAGGCACAUAGCUUCAUGAAGAGGCUGAUGUAAAUCCAGAAAGAAAGAAAGAAAAAAAAAACACUGGAGGAAGAGUAUGUUUGCUCAUUUUAAUGUUUACACUUAAUUUGUAGAAUGUCAGUUUUGUUGGCUGUGUCCAAACCUGUGUAGUCUUUUUUUUUUUUCUCCCCCCCCUGUUUUUGUUUCUGAAUUAGUUUUACACUGAAAUGAAAUAACUGUGCUGGUCGCGAGCGCAAAUUUUGUUUUUAUUUAUAGUACUUUUUUAUUUUAUUUUAUUUUUAAAAAAGUUUUUGAACCACAGCCUUUAUGUCUCGUUGUUCACUUUUCGUUUCAGAUUUGUUUGUGUGAAUCUUCUUUUCUGUGAAUGUUUUUACAUUAUCAGUUUAACCCAUUUAUGUGGGACGGAGAGUUUUAUUUAAACGGGCGUUUCUGCUUAUUUUAAGACCAUCCUCUAUUCUCAAAUGUUGAAUAAAUUUGUACAAAAGAA